AUGGACCUUUUGGUUAUGAGAGAACCAAGUGAAGAUCUGAUGAAAGUUUCAUCUCUAAUUAUUGGUAAAGGAAAGCAAGUGGCAACUAAUUUAAAUGUGGAAACGCCUUACUCAAUGGUGGAAUUUAAAUCAAAUGAUAUUGAAUCCUCAUCAUCUGGUAUGAAUAUCUUUGUUAACACGUUUAGAAAUAAUGUCAAUCUAUCAAAGAGAGACCCUUCAGUUCAAAAUAUGGGUGCAAGCACAUCUGCUGUUCAUGAGAAUGUCCAAACGAAUAUAGAAGGAUUGAUUUAUGAUCCGGUAAAAAUUGGACAUAAUCCAUGGACAAAACAUCCUUACAUCAAGUUGAAUUUGCCAAAGGGAGACUCGUUCAUGUCAGAUGAUGGCAAGGAAAUUAAGUUGUAUGAACCAAAGAUGAUUGAGAAUAUUGAGAAACUCCAAAAAUCCAUUAUGGUGAAGGUAUUUGGUAAAGCAAUUCCAGUUCAGAUAAUAGCUGCAGAAUUGAGACAUCAGUGGUCUCCAUUUGGGAAAUUUCAUAUCACUAUUCUUGGCUCUAGUUGGAUGUUGUGUUCUUUCUUCUCAACAGAUUCUAUGGAAAAGGUGAUUUCUGGAGGGCCAUGGUUCGUAAAUGGCCAUAUUAUUGGGCUUGAUAAAUGGAAUCCAAAAUUUUCAACUACAUUUUUGAAGGGUCUAACAUCUCCUGUGUGGGUGAGAUUUUUGAAUCUUCCACUUUAUUGUUGGGACAAAAUUAAUGUUGCCAGGACUACUUCAUUAAUUGGAACUCCUAUGUUAAUCGAUAGUGAUAUGUUCUAA